AUGGGUUUAUUAUCAUUAGGUACUCCAUUGCCAUGGGAAGAGUCUUGUAAAUAUAAUGAACACAUCCGCAGUCAAGGUGUCAUCCAAUUGUUGAAUGUGUUUAAGAAAUAUCAAAACAUUGACAAUUAUCAAUUAUAUUGGGGUGAUGAAGUGGAAUAUAUGCUUUUACAAUUCAAUGAAUCUAAAAAUAAUUGUGUAUUAGAUUUACUUCAUGAUAAUCUUCUGACAGAAUUCAAUGAAAAUGAAGGAUUAAAAUUAUGCAAUUCGAAUAACGUUCAUUUUCAUCCAGAAUAUGGUAGAUUUAUGUUGGAGUCUACACCAGCAAAGCCUUAUAAGGAUUUCAUGGGUAGUUAUAUAGAAAAAAACAUGAUAAAGAGAAGAUUGAUUGCUUCAAACCAUCUAGCUAGAUAUAAUACUCAGAAUUUGAAACAUGUCCCAUUAUCUUUAACUGUUUAUCCAAGAAUGGGGUGUUCUGUCGAUCCCUACAGCAAGCAAUUUGAAGGCUUUACUAAUUUAUAUGAUGAUGAAUGGACUUUGAAAAAUUCGGCUUCCAAAUCAUUAUUCUUACCAGAUCAAGUAAUUAAUAAACAUGCAAGAUUUCCUACCUUGACUGCUAACAUUAGAUUAAGACGAGGUGAGAAAGUCCAGAUUCAUGUCCCCAUGUAUAAAGAUUCAAAGACUCCAGAAUUCGAUGACUCUUUAAAUGCUAUAACCCCCAAGAGAAAUGGUUUUCCAUAUGAAGAUAAGCAAUCUCUGAAAGCUUUGAAAAAAAAUCAUAUUUAUAUGGAUGCUAUGGGUUUCGGAAUGGGAUGUUCUUGUUUACAAUUGACCUUUCAAGCUCCAAAUAUUACCCAAGCUCGUUACUUAUAUGAUUCUUUGGUAAAUUUCGCACCAAUCAUGUUGGCUGUCACUGCUGCAUCUCCGGGGUUUAAAGGGUUUUUAUCCGAUCAAGAUGUCCGUUGGAAUAUUAUAUCAUCAGCUGUCGACGAUAGAACACCAUACGAAAGAGCUACAGACCCCUUAAUUCCUGAAGAAUGUUCCAAGUUUGGUGGGAUUGAUCCAUCAUGUCAACCAGAUAUAGAACAUGGAAUUCCUAAAUCAAGAUAUAGCUCUGUAGACUUAUUCUUGGGUGGUAAUAAAUAUUUCACAAGAAAAUAUAAUAAUACUGAUGUUCCAGUUAAUGAAACUGUAUUACAGAAAUUGUUAGAAAACGACUUAGCUCCAUUGGAUUAUGAUUUGGCCAAACAUUUUUCGCAUCUAUUCAUUAGAGAUCCGCUCGUAAUCUUCGAAGAGUUAAUUGAUCAGGAUAAUUCUCAUUCAACUAACCAUUUCGAAAAUAUUCAAUCAACUAACUGGCAAACCUUAAGAUUUAAGCCUCCUCUUUUACCAGAGUCGGAUAAUGAAUCUUCGAAUGUCAAUCCUCCUGGCUGGAGAGUGGAAUUUAGGCCAAUGGAAGUUCAGUUGACAGAUUUCGAAAAUGCUGCUUUCUCAACUUUCUUAUAUUUGAUAGUUGAUUCGAUAUUAUCUUGUAAUAUAUCAAUGAACCCAUAUUUAAAAAUGUCAAAAGUUUGGAAAAAUAUGGAAAUUGCUCACUUAAGAAAUGCUGCUACAAAUUCAAAAUUUUAUUGGAAAAAUUCUUUCCAAUUACCACUCUCUUCAACACCAACUUCUACUUCUUAUAAUGAUUCUCCAAUAGACUCCGUCAUUCUGGAUAAUGAAUCAACAAGUUUAUAUCCAAUUGAUGAAAUCUUCCAUAAUAAACAAAAUGGUAUCUUUACGAAUUUUAUUAAUCCAUCUUUACGUAAGCAUGGGUUGGUUAAAAAGGAUUGGGUUGAAUUAAAAAAUUCACCAAGAGAAUCAGAAAGCUUUAGAAUUUACCAAUAUUUGAAAUUAAUUUCAAAUAGAGCAAACGGGAAACUAAAGACUCCUGCAAAGUUCUUAAAAGAUUUUAUUUUGAAUCACAAGGAUUAUAAAAACGAUUCUAAAAUUUCAAAAUCAAUAAAUUAUGAUCUUUUACUGAUGUGCGAAAGAAUUACUCUACUAGAUAACUCGAAUAGUGAGUUGACUGGCUUCUUUGGUCAAGAAAUAGCCGAUUAUCUUUUGGAUUAUGAAUUCCAGUCACCAAUAGCAAAUUAA